UGACGUAGCGGGAAACGCUGUCGCUGAGUGUCAACAUGGUUGAUUGCGGAAACUUACGAUGUUUUCAAGAAAGAAGAUUAAUUAAAAAAGAAUUAAUGUCAUGGAGUAAAAAGAUUCCAAUUGCUGUUGGAUUAGAGACUAUUGCUGAGCAUGUCGGGAGCAGAAGAAAAGUUAGGAAGCUUUUUGAGCCAUUCAACUGUUUGGAACCAGCAGAGCCUCAUGACUGGGAACCAGAGGAAAACUGUUUCUAUUGUGCAGACAGGAUUCAACUUUUGUUUGAUGCCAUAGAGAAAACCCAGUCCAAAGAUGGUGGUAAAAUUUUAAAAGAUCAUCCAAGUUUGCGGCAUCUAGGAGACGUUCUGCCAUUCUUGCCUCAGUUUUAUACAAGUGAUUAUGGCAGAGAAAUUCUCAGUGAUAUAAAAACAGCCGUGAAUGAACCCGAGCCACAGCCUCCUGCGCAAGAACAGCCACAAAAGCUCAACAUAGAACUAAAAGUUCCGAGUGUUGCUGCAGGAAGCAAACAGAAGAAAGACACAAGUACAUCAAGUACUGGCAAGAAAGGUUACUCUGACGAUGACCUGUGUGCUGCAGUAUCGGAGAUACGUAAUGGUAAACUUGGUACCCGCAGAGCCUCUUCACUUUAUGGCAUCCCACGCUCAACAUUACGCAACAAAAUUUUCAAGAUGGAUACAAUUGAAAGCAACGUGCAGUUAACAGAAGAAGAUGUUUCUUCUAGCAAUGAAGCCUUGUUGCCUAAAAAACAACAACCUCAAGUACUGAAUACUCAUGAUAAUCCAUUAUUGUUAACAGACUUACUGCAGCUGUCAACUCUCCAGUACCUUGCCCCUAUAGCCAUUCCAUACAUCAUCAAACCAGAAAUGUUCAUUCUUCCUCAUACACAUGAGCUUGAGUGGGAGAAGAAGCUUCAGACUGUACGACAUAAGCAUAACCUUAGUAAAGCGUCCAUGAAUCAUUACAAAGUGAAAGCACUCACACAUCAUAAAUUAAAGCCUUUUCAAUAUGAACUGAUUAAAAAGCUCACUCAGGAAAGACUUGAACUAGAGAGAAGUUCGUAUAAGAAUAAGUCAUGUGAGGAAAUGUUAAGUCUGCACGACUCUCUAUCUCAUUCACAUGCAUCUCUGUUGAAAUCUCUGGAAUACGCCUCAUCGCCUCCCAUAAAGAAAAUAAAGAGAGAAGUUCCCUCAGAUCAAUUGUUAGACACCAAUGCCUUGAUGCAGUCGGCACUGUACAAGGCUCUAAACGUGAAUCCAUUUCCAACGGUCAGAAACACAAGAGAGUCCAGUUCGCCUGAUUCUGAUAUAGUUGUACCAGAGUUUAUCAAAAAGUCAGCAAGAACAGAAAAAAGUGCCGCUACUUCUGAAGAACUGGACAAAAAAGCGUUUGAAAGUUUGUUCAAGUAUGAAAACACGAGAAUUGGUGAUACUCUGAAAGAUAUCAUUGUGAAGACAAUAUCUGAAAAAGUGAAAUGUAAACUAGAAUCAACAGAUUUCUCUGGACUUGUUGGGUCCAACUCGAACAUCGAGAACCAGAAAGCAAAGGAUACUAUUUUGUCAGCCUUUUCCGCUCCUGAUGAAUCUAGUCCUGCCAAGAAGGCGAAGAAAGAAACAAAUACAUUGUCUUAUUCAAAGUUGACUGGAAACAAUUCCUCAUCUGCUAAUAGUUCUCAGACAAAGAAAACUCGUCCAAAAAGGGGCCAAUACAGAAAGUAUAAUAGCCAACUUCUAACUGAGGCCGUUAAAGCCGUCCAGCGAGGUGAAAUGAGUGUGCAUCGUGCUGGCAGUUAUUACGGUGUGCCUCAUUCCACAUUAGAGUAUAAAGUGAAGGAACGGCACUUACUGAGACAGAAAAAGAUCAAAGAGCAGCAGGAGUUGAAACUUAAACAAGAAGAAGAAGCCGCAGCCUCAAAGAAAGCAAAGUGUACAGAGGAUAAGACUCUUGAGAAAGUUAGCAAGAAGACUGCAGACAUGCCCGUGUCUUCAUCUUCAAAAUUAAAUGAAGGAGGAGCAUCAUGGGUUCCUCCAUUUUCUGCUCCAGUGCAGUACGACAGUUCGGCUGCGCUAGGGUUGUUCGGAUCUGGAUUUUCAUUGAAUACGCCUGCUUCCGAGCUGUUACGUAAACUGCAGCAUAAAGUUCAGAGUAAGUCAGACUCUGGAGAUGAGUCUUCUGCUAGUACCUCAGAAUAUCCGUCUGCAUCAGAGGGAUAUAUUUAUAUCAAUUAAAAUACUGACUGCAGCUUUACAUCUUUGCUUUUAACAUAUCCUUAUUUGACUUAAAGGAACUCCACUGAUGUUUUAUUGACAAGAAGGAAUUGAAAAUACUUCUAUCGAGAUUUGUGUACGAUUUGGUACAUGUUGGUCAGGAAAAAUAACUUGUGUUCAAAAUUUCAAAUUAUUUGCUCUCUCACUUUUUGUCCAGAAUGAUCAUUUAAAUUGUGCAAAAUCACUCAAAAAUAAAAAAAGCAUUUAAAUGCUUUUAACUCUAAAUGAGCUAAGCAAUAAUUAUUGAUUUUCAAUUUAAUUUGGAGUAUGUUUAUUUAUCUCCUUUGCAUAAUUUUCAUUUUAAGUAGUUAGUACCCCAGUUGAUGUAAGUAAAAAUUUCAGAUUUUAUGUUUUUAAGCAUUUAGACCUCAGUGGAGCUCCUUUAAGAAAAUUCAGGAGAUGCAUUUGUACUUUGUUCAUUCAGAUAUAGGCUUUAUAGAAUUCAUUAAGUGUUUGACAGUCAUGAAAUAAUGAAAUGACUUUGUUAGAUGUUAAACAUCUCUUAUACUUCCAUAAUUCUUUUAAAGAAUCACAUCCCCCUGAACAAUGGCAAUUCCUUACUGCUUUCUUUAUAAAUGCAAUCAGGAUUUUUUUUCAUUUAAAAAAUGGCCAAUCAGAUUGUAAGAUCCUUAGAUUUUAUAAAAGUGUUUGGGGUUUGUACAAACAUGUCUUCAAAAGCAUUAUCAUGAAAGGUUUUCUGUUUUAGUUUCAAAAGGAAAAUUAUUAAAAUUAUUUUCUACAAUAUUGAUAUAAAAUAUCUGACCAUUGUAUUUUCAUAGUAAUUUACUAUUUCGUUGAUUUUUUUUUUCAAAUUCUUUUUAUGCAACACGUAUAUAUACAAGAAUAUAGCCACCAUACAAAUUGUAACAAUUUUGUUAUAAAAAACUUGAAUGGUCCAUACAAAUAAAAUUUGAAAUGCUCAUCAAAAAUAAAACAUUUGAUCUCAAAAGAAGGUGCAUACCAUAUAUUCUCCAAUAAAUGCCCCUCGUCUUAUUAACACUCAACCUUUUUUGUUUCUUUUUUUACAUAAAAAAAGAAAAUUGAGUUACUUAGAUGAUAGUAGUUUGUUACAAAUCUAAGAAAAUUAGCAUGAAUUUUAAUAAAACUGGUACUUCCAGUAUAUAUAAUCAGAUGAAAAAGAAACAAAACAAUGAUUUUCAUUUUGACAAUUUUUGUACCUUAAUUGCCCCCUUUUUGAAAAAAGAAAUGCCCCUUGUUUAUUAGAGAAAAUGGGGUAGUUAUAAGAAAAAAACUUUAAUGAUUUUAGGAUUAAGCUUUUUAAAAAAAACAACACAAAAACAAGUAUUUGUCAAACAAUACAAUUCAUUUAUAAAGUACAGUUUUGUAAAGGGUAGGAAAAGUUCUUAUCAUCCAUAUAAUUAUUAUAAAACUAUUUUCAGAGACAUAUUUUAAUUAACAAGGUCAUACAUUAAAGUCGUACAGUUAAAUUCUACCUUGAUUUUAAGUUGCUCAUCAUAGAAAUAUUGUCAAAACAGUUGCCUUAGAAUGAUAAACAUUGAUAUCUAAAAUUCAGUAAAACUGUUUCUUAUAUGUACCUGGAGUGUGGUAUUGUUUGUACUUGAUGAAUUUAUCAGUAGAGUUUUCUUAAUUUGGAAGUAAUCUUUUGUAGACAAAUUGUGUAUCAGUGCCUUCUUUAAGCUUACUAAAGGCUUACUUCAUAAAAUGCUUCAACUUUAUAUGAUAGCUGUUAAAAAUUGCAUGUUUUUAGUCCCAUUUUAGGUAGUGGUGUUUUCCAAUCUGCAAUCAUAACCCUGUUAGGAGUUCUUUUUAUGAUGGAAUUUUUUUUCAAUGUAACUAAACUAUUCAAUUGUAUAAUAGGGUAAUUAUGAGGAUAUCUCGAUCUGGGACUUGUAUUUGGUUUGAGUGGAUUUUACAUUAUGAGGCACAGAGGCCCACUGUGUAAUCUGGACUAGUAAAAUCUAUUAGAGCCAAAUACAAGUAAUAAAUCUAGAUAAUAAAUUUUAUACUCUUAUUAUGAUAUUUUUUUUUCUAUUCCUCCUUGAAUUAAAACAUUUCCAUGUUGACUAUAUUUAAAUUGACAUUUUCAAUCUUUCCAAUUUGAACAAAAGCAUUCAUAAUUUUUAGGGGAUUUUUUUUUUUAAUAACUACUGACUGAAUAGCAAACUAUGCAGACCAUGAUCAGGCGGCAUAGAAGUUGCAGCUUAUCUGGUCUGCACUGGUUGCGUGGGUAGAUUCUGUUGCUGCCGGCAGGUUGAAAGUUUAGUAGAUAUUUUAUUUUUUGUUCUAAAGUUAAUAUUGUUUUAGUUUUAAGGUG